CAAUCGUUGUUAUCGAUGCUUUUUACGUCCUUACUGGAAGUUCGCACAAAUUGAUUUUUCUCCUAAAAUAACAAUAGCGCCACUGUAGUGAGAACAACUACAUAUACGACAAACUAAACCAAGCGAGCAGUUUAAGAAAGACGACUAACGAAAAUGACAACAAUGCAGGUUGACCAGAAACGUGCCCUAAUCAAGCUAAAGCACGAGCUGGAACCAUUCCGCAAUGCCAUUGUGGGUGCCUACGGCGUUCUUACAUGGGAAAAGCAAUACUAUGCCGGCGUCGUCUUUGGCGCCAUCAGUAUCAUGUAUCUGUUGCUAUGGUACAUGGAUCUAUCUUUUAUAACUCUAUUCUCUUUGCUGGCUUUACUGGCGUUCUUUAUGGACUUUGUUAUUCCAAUGUUGUCGCGUUUGGUUUCCAGCGGGGACAAAUGGGAUGGAGAACAGGAGGCCAAGUUUGAGGAGGUUUGCGGACAGCUAUAUAGCAUUAAGUCAAGUAUUGCCGAAUGGUAUGAUUACCUGUUCAAGGAGCGCAAGCCAACAAUGGUUGUGAUCAUAAUAAGCAUGGGCUUGUUGGCUCUGGCCUGGAUUGGUGCUAUUAUAAACAAUCUACUGCUCAUGUAUUGUGCCACUGUGCUAGUGGCCAUGUGGCCGGGAUUGAAUGAAAAGGAUGUGUUCAAGGGCCUCACCCAGAAAGUCUCUAAAAUAAUCAAUGAAAAAAUUCAAUAUGGCAAAAAGAAGCUGCAGUAGAUGGAUAAUUAUUUAUUAAAUUAUAUUAUGGAAUACUAAAUAAAACUCAUCAGGCACACACACACAACCCAUCACAUUCGACCAAAAACGCAUAUAUAUUUAUAACUAAGUCAUUUACUUGCCAUCUCGUACACCCUUAUCAAUAAAUUUAGUCUAUCAUAAAAGCUAAGAAUACUUUGCGCAUAAUGAAAGUAUUAUCAUUUACAUAAAUAGCUAAAAACAAUGAUUUAUACAUAAGAUAUUAUGGAAUCCUAUAUAUAGCGGCAUUUCUAACUUUAAGUUUGUAUGGGGCCCCGAAGAUUCUCAAAGAAAAGACAUUUUUGUGAUUAUUUUUGAGUUAAUUGAAAUUUAAUGAUAAUCCUGCAUAGGUAUGCACGCUUAGGCGUCUACUGAUGAUACAUAAAUGUUUAAAAUAAAGUUUUGAAGUGAAUCAACAA